AUGACUAGCUCUAAUGAUGAUGGCCAGUCUAACGGUAACUUCGAAGGCUAUGUCUUCAAGUCCUGUCUUGAUGCUGCCGUAGUUGUCGAUGAGAAGUUUUAUGGUCCUCUUCCAGAUGUUGUAUCAAUGCAAGGCCGCUUCCUUAGACCUAGGCCUGAAACACCCACAUUCGAUCCGGAAUACUACCCAGACUUUGCUCGUAAGCUCGCAUUCUUACUCGACGGUGUGCCCUUUCGUCAAAAGGUGCGGCGUCGCAAGUACGGGGAAGAGAUAGUAGAGGAGUGGAUAGAAGGUCACACACCAAUAGAGAUAAGGGAGAAAUGGAUAUCUGAGCAGGAGAAGAAGAUGAAGCAGCAUGACGCUAUUCUUGAGAACCCUACACCUCCCACACCUGAAGAUGAACGGCGAGCCAAGGAAGAACGUAUGGCCGCUGAGAGGGAUAAAGCACGUCUAGUUUGGGAAAAAUACAAGGCUAUAAAGAAGCAGAAGAAACGGAAAGCAGCUGAGCUCUCAUCUUCAUCUACGCAGACACUACCAAACCCCAGAAAACGACAGAUGCCUUCAUGA